AAGCUCAUCAUAUUUUUCUGGCAGUAAGAUUUUCUAUUUUAUUUCAUAAAUUUAGGGUUAACUUACAAUUAUUAGAAUUACGUUUGCAGAUACGCAAUGGAUAGUCUCAAUCCUUAUUGGCUGAAUGAUAAUUAUCUUGCCCAAGUCCUGCGGUCAGUGGAGGAUGGAGCCAAGGAAGUGAAAGUGAUCAAAUACAGAUGCCAGCGUGCUGUUCCACCAGGAGCUAACUAUCUGAGUCAUCUGUUCAGAGUCAGCGUGGAGUACAAGACUGAUCGAGUUAAGACUGUAUCUCUCAUCAUCAAAACCCCACUGGAGUCUGGAUUUGUACGGGAGGUAAUGGAAAAAAUGAGAGUAAACACACAGGAGCUUAAAGUGUACAAUGAAAUUCUUCCGAAGAUGUAUGCCUUACAUAGCAUGAGGAUAUCAGCAACACCGUUCCUUUGCCCUUUGAAGAGUUUUCUAGUGCUGGAAGAUCUUCGGGAAAAUGGAUAUAAGAUGGCAGACAGGUUGCAACAGCUGGACUUUGUUCAUUGCCAUCGUUUCCUCGAGAGUCUAGCGAGAUUUCAUGCCUUGUCGGUGUUAGCACAGCAGAGACACCCCGAGCUGUUUGAGGAGUUCAGGCUGCACCCAUUCUUCCCAAAAGAUGACCCUGAGGGUUCAAAACUAACAAUGCAGGAGCAAACAAUAACUAUAAUGAACAGACAUGUUGAUACCGUCGAGAAACUGGAAGAUUGUGAGCGCUUUGUUGGAAUGAUUCGUAAAAUUUCCAUUCGUUUCUGGGAUAAAAUGGUCGAGAUCACGACACCUGGGGAUGGACUAUUAGUCCUAAACCACGGUGAUACCUGGACCAACAAUAUCAUGUUCAAGUACAACGACACUGGCGAUGUUGUAGAUGUCAAAUUGGUUGAUUUCCAACUGAGCCAUUUGAACUCGUUUGCGUUGGACAUUAUUUUAUUCUGGUUUAGCAGCGCCAACGAGGUCGUUCGAGAUCACCACCGAGAAGAGCUUUUUGAAGUUUACCGACAAACUUUGAACACGACUCUGUCUGAGCUACAGUGUAAUGAGGCUCUUUCAAAAGAAGACUUUGAUCUUGAGAUGAAAGCCAAGGCUCCGUUUGCGAUUCAGGUCACGCAAGGCCUGCUAGGAGUAGCAAUGGCAGAUCCGCAAUGUGUACAGGAUGUCACAACACCGGAGACUAACGACGCCCUUAUGUACUGUUUUACACAGAAUUUUAAGAGCAAAUAUUAUCGAGAGGUAUUGCCUAGAACUUUAGCACAGAUUGAAGACUUUGGUGCAUUUCAAUAGACAAAUAUAUUUUUGUAAAUUAGGUCCUUACAGAAAAUGUUUUCUUGUUCCGAAACCUACAGUGUUCAAUAUAUACUUUGUAAAGUCAUUUGGUAUUUUCAUUUUUAUGAUAAGUCAAAUUGUUAUUGAGGAAUUUGAGUUUGAAGUUGAAGGCCAUCUCUCGGCGGAGAAGUGGAAGACUAUAAUACGGGCCGCAGUCAUGAUACUGUACCGUCACAAGAGCUGUCCCACCGAUCCACUUAUGUCUAUGGAAAUAAGCAAGAGCACAGCCUCAUCUCUGAUAAGAAGUUAAUGUUGUAGGUUUCAGCCCCUUGGGUGGUUCUAAUGAAGCAAAGGUUCUGGCAGGUGUUCUGAAAUACUUGUGAGAGCCAAGAUGAAACAUCUACAAUACCAGUAAUUUAAAGUUUUGGAAAACAAACAAUGUAAACUAAUAGUUUCUGAGUAUUUCAAUAUACAUUUUUUUAAACCUUAUGAAUACAGCAAGUCUCUAGACGAAUGUUCUUGAAAUAUGUGGAAGAUGCAAUAUACAGUGUUGUAUAGAAGAAACAGCCAAUAUCAUUGACGUCAAUUAUAUAUAAACAUAUUCACGAAAUAGUAAUGUACUAUUCAAUUUACAAGUAGUGUUCAGAAGUUAAUAAUUCAGUUGAUUACAGCAGUUUCAAACCUCACUAUAACCGAUCACGAGAUCUAAACUGAAGUGAGGAUAAAAAAUUCCAUUAGGACGCUGUCACUAUUAGCCAGAAUACAAAAGCAGUUGAAAUACUGAUCACGAAAUGCAAAACAAUUAUAAUCCAAUUAAAAAAAUAAUUAACAGGUAAACGGAGCUACCACACCUCUGUUCUCUAACACGCAUAGAGAAUAACUGCCUUUCCUCAUAGGGAAAGGCUGUUAUCAGUGGAUCAAUAACUAGUUCUCGAUCCUAGUUCAAAAUAACAAGAUAAAAGCAUUUUAAACAAACGAACCAAAGUAUUACAAAGAAAUUCGUAACGCCAAUAUUCCGUUAAGGUAUUAACUAAAUGGUGAAAUACAUUUUUAAACAGUAACGUUAUCAGUAAGUACGUUGCUUAAACGUAAAAAUCUUUUUAUGAAUAUUAAAUAUAUACAGACUUGAAAUUAGUUAAUUAUUAUUCAAUAAAUUUCAUGUAAUUCAAAGACAAUUACAACAACGUUUACGAUUUCUUUAAUAAACACAAAGUUACUAAAAUUUACCAUAAUUUGACAGAAGUGUUUUGAAUGUAACAACUGUUUGGUAAAAUUAAUUAUGGUACACAGUUUUUAUACAUGAACAUGUAAUCGUGUUAUAAACUACCGACCAUAUGCGUUCACUUUGAUAAGACGAAAAUUUUAAAAGGGAACCGAGUUAGGACAGCUGAUCCGAGCCGCCUGAGGCGUCGGACUUUGGACCUGAGUUUUAGAUUGCACAGAUAUAACUUUACAUGUAACUCCUGUACAUGACCGUUGCAUGUUUUAUCAGUUGCAUCGAUCUUUUUCAGUAUUGACUUUCCUCCUUCGUUCGGUUUCAUAAGAUCAUCGCAAAGGCCAGUGGCCCACGAGAACGGGCAGAAUAAGGCUAAAAAGGGGGUUAGCAUCUUCUCUUUAUAAAAAAGUAUAGCUAUAUCCCUUACGAGUCAGCGAGAAGAGAUACAGGUUCACUGUAAAUACAAAAACAAGAAUUCAUAGUUUUGAAGCUUAGUUUGGUAGUGGUUGUUACGAAGUGCCAACAAUAAAAUACCAUAAUACUCAUAAUAGGGGGAGUGCGUGGCCCCUUAUGGUUAGAUAUAUAAAAUCAAAGAAAUAUUAGAACGCUUGCCAUAAGGGCACUUUAAAUCUCAUCCGUUCCCAAAAUCCCUGUUAAUAUGAACAAAAUUCAGUUUUGCUAACUAACAAUCAAAAGAAUCAGGUUAAAUAUAAUUUUCUCGGAAAUAAUAGUCCAAAACAAUGAUAUUGUGAAGCUAGGUUAAUAAUGAACCAUAUCAUUAUCGAGUGCUCUAUGCAAACAUUUCUAAGAAUGGUUACAGUUUCCUGUGACUCCUACUGAAUUCUAGAAGUAACAUAUAUGUGAUUCACCUAGAAAGGACUCCAUUGGCUUAAUGAGUUCAAUUCAGCCAUAUGGUAGGGUUUCCAAAAAAAUAAUUCCGUGAUUUUGAACGGCCGUUGCUUAAAAUAUAUUUAACAUAACUAAAAGAUUUAAACGUUCAGUUAAAGAUGAAAUUCCUAAGCUUUGUUUUUUGUGUAUUGAUAUCAUUUUGUAAACAAUUAUAUUAUAUUUUACUGUUAUAACUAUGUAAAGAAAAUUAUACUUUUCAAGAGUAUGUAAUGCUUUAUUUGUGACCUUCAAAAAGUAUAUAGUGCACUUAAAAAUACAAAAUUACGAAUGGAAAUGUUGAAAAACAGAUUUCUAAGAAGUUUUGGCUCCCGUCCAUAACUUGUUGUACUUCUUCUAUUUCUUGUACUUUCUUCUAAGAUAGAUCACCAUUUUCUUUCCAUACCAGCAACAAGUUGACGUACGAGUAGAAGCCGUUCAUGAUCUGUCAACAGUGAAAUACAGAUGUAAUGAGAGAUAUACCGUAUGUCCUUAUGACCGUAUUCAGUCUAGCCUACUAGGCCUACAACAAAUUAUGAGUGCACUUGCAUCGUAAGGGCUUUUUCGUCUGAAGGGCUAUUCGCGCUAAAAAUGCCUGGUAGGUGAGAAAUAUAAGAAUAGCAUUACCUAAGAAUUUAUGUUAUCGGUUUAGUUUCUUCACCCUCAGCUGCUCUUUGUAUUUAAAAUCCAUGUGUUUGCCAACCUUUAGAAAAAGUUGAUAGUUUUAGAUACUUAGGUGUGAUUAUUGAUAAUAAGUUAAUUUGGAAUAUACACAUAAAUACCCUGCAUAGUAAGCUUAGAUCUACUGUUAGAACAUUCUAUUUUUUGAAAAAUUUUUGUGAUUCCACCCUAAUGAAAACCAUUUAUUUUGCUUUAAUUGAUUCGAAAAUUCAGUAUGGCAUAACGUGUUGGGGAGGAUCUUUUAAUUACUUGAUUAAAAAAAUUAGAACAACACAAAAUUUUUUAUUAAGAAUAAUAUUGAAUAAAAAUAAAAGAGAGAGUUCUUUCCGCCUUUUUAAUUUCUUAAAAAUAUUGCCUGUGCAACAUCUUUAUGUAUUCAAAGUUUUAAAAAUAUUUUACGUAAGAAUAAGAACAGAGGUACUUUUAACACUGCUUUCAACACUAGAAGUAAUUACCAACUAAACUUUAGAUUACCCAAAGUAAAUAAAUCAAUUUUCAGGUUAUCCUUUGCCUAUGUUGCUCCCAAAUUUUUUAAUCAAUUGCCAAUAAAUGUAAAAGAAAAUAAUAAUUUAAAUAAAUUUUGUAAAUCUGUAAAAAGCUGGCUCUUUGAAAAAGAAAAUCUUAGUUUUUUAAGUUUUGUACUGGAAUAAUAUUUAACUAUAUUUUAUUAAGAUUUAUGGUUUAAGUUAAGUUUCGUUUUUUUUGGGUAGAUAGUAAGUAUUAGUAUGUUAGAUUUUACAAUAAGUGCAGACGUCACUGAGCUAUUUUUGUUUUUAUGUUGGACUGGACUCAUUUUUGUUUCCCUGUAAAGAACUGUACGUUUAAAUAAGUAAUGCUGCCACGCAACUUGUUAUUGUGGUAGUAUAUGAUUCCUGAUUUAAAUUGUGUCUGUAAUAUGUAUUUAUGAAAAGGAAUAAAAUCAUUUACUUAAUUUA